AUGAGACAAAUGUAUGCAUUUCGAUUAGGGUCGUAUUCUAUGGUUACGAUUCUACUCUACCAGAUAUGUCUUUUUGAUUCCGUCGAAAAUAGAUUUUACGGUAUAGGCGCGCCUCCCCCUCUAUGCCUUGCGGUAAUGAUUCCUCUGGCAUUACGACCUUUACCACAACGGUGCCGUCCAUGGAUCAAUUUAUUUCGUGGAUUGGAUUUCACUUGCCUGUCUACGGUUCCCUUGCGUGUGCUCGGGAUAGGUGUUUUGUAUAAAUGUUUCGCCGUAUUAUUAAGUAUUCUCCUUGAGUUCGUUUCUCUAUCUAGAAGUGGAAUAGAAUAA